AUGAUCAUCGUCAUCGUCGUUGUCAUUGUCACUCCCCCCCACCGGAGAUGCCGCUGGAAAAGGGGCCCCGUGGGCGGCACUGGGACCAGUCUGGGGACUGGGAACGACACUGGGACCAGUCUGGGGACUGGGAACGACACUGGGCCCAGUGCCGGGACCCCGACUGGGACCCCCCGGAGUGGCUCCCGCCCCGGCGUCAGCCCCUCGGAAUUCCGGGAUUUCUGGGCCUUCCUGCAGCGCUUCCGACGCCUCCCCCAAAAGGAGGAGCCCCCCAACAAAUCUGGGGGGCCCCAAAACCCCCUGGGGCUGCCCCCCCACUACGACCCCCAGCUCCGCAUCAACCUGGCCCUGCUGGGGGGGGAAGACCCCCCGAAAUACCAAGGAGGGGACCCCCAGGACUCUCCAAAAUACCAGCCAGGCGACCCCCAGGACCCCGCAGAACACCAGGGAGGGGACCCUGAGGACUUUGGGGACCCCCCAAAACACCAUCGAGGGGGACCCCCCAAACGCCACCGAGAUGACUCUGGGGACGCUCAGGACCCCCUGAAACGCCCCCGAGGUGACCCCAGGGACCCUCAGGGUCCCCCAAAACGCCCCGGAGGUGACUCUGGGGACCCUCAGGACCACCCGAAACGCCCCCGAAGCGACUCUGGGGCCCCCCCAAAACGCCAUCGAGGUGACUCCGAUGACCCCGAGGACUUUGUGGACCCCCAGAAACACAGGAAGAGGGACCCCGAGGACUUUGUGGACCCCCAGGAACACCCCCGCGCGGACCCCGCCCGGAGGGAGCUGCGGCGGGCGCUGCUGCACUACCUGUGCCUGCUCCAGCGCGGCUCCUUCGCCCGCCUGGCGCGGCUGUGGCGCGGCCGGGCCGCCCUGCCCAUCGCCCGCCACCGGCGCCGGCUGCUGGGGCUGCUGGGCCGCCACCAGGUGCUGGUGGUGGCGGGGGACACCGGCUGCGGCAAGUCCACCCAGGUGCCCCAGUACCUGCUGGAGGCCGGGUACCGCCAGGUGUGCUGCGCCCAGCCCCGCCGCGUCGCCUGCGCCGCCCUGGCGCGCAGGGUGGGGCUCGAGACCCUGGGCAGGUACAAGGUGGGUUUCCAGACGCGCUUCGAGCGCACCUGCGGGCGCGGCGCCCACCUGGUGUUCGUGACGCUGGGGCUGCUGCUGCGGCAGCUGCAGAGCGACCCCGCCCUGGGCAGGUACCAGGUGCUGGUGGCCGACGAGGUGCACGAGCGGCACCUGCCCGGGGACCUCCUGCUGGGGGCGCUGCGGCGCCUGCUCCCGGCGCGCCCCGCCCUGCGCCUGCUGCUCAUGUCGGCCACCUGCGACCCGCACCUGUUCGCCACCUACUUCGGGGGAGCCCCCGUGCUGCAGGUGCCCGGCCGGCUCUACCCCGUCAAGGUGCUGUACCAGCCCAUCCCCUCGGAGCCGAGGCAGACCCACCUGGAGGCGGGGCCGUACCUGCGGGUGCUGGAGGCCAUCGACGCGCAGGUGCCGCGCGAGGAGCGCGGGGACGUCCUGGUUUUCCUCAGCGGGGCCGCCGAGAUCCAGCAGGUGCUGGGCCCUGCCCAGGUGUACGCCCAGCACACCCAGCGCUGGGUCGUGCUGCCCCUGCACGGCAGCUUACCUGCCGAGCAGCAGGACAAGGUGUUCCACCUGCCCCCCCCCGGGGUGCGCAAGUGCAUCCUGGCCACCAACAUCGCCGAGACCUCGGUGACCAUCGACGGCGUGCGCUUCGUCGUCGACUCAGGUAAGGUGAAGGAGCUCAGGUACGAUGCCCAGGCCAAGGUGAGGCGGCUGCAGGAGUUGUGGAUCAGCCGGGCCAGCGCCGAGCAGCGCAAGGGCCGCGCCGGCCGCACCGGCCCCGGCACCUGCAUCCGCCUCUACUCCCGAGAGCUCCUGCACACCUGGGCCAGGUACCCCCAGCCCGAGAUCCACAGGGUGGCCCUCGACUCCCUGGUGCUGCAGGUGAAGAGCCUGGGGCUGGGGGACCCGCGGACGUUCCCGUUCCUGGAGGCCCCUCCCCCCGCCAGCGUGGAGGUGGCGCUCAGGUACCUGCAGGACCAGGGGGCCCUGGACGAGCACGAGGACCUCACCCCCAUUGGCCACCUGCUGGCUCACCUGCCCGUCGAUGUCGUGGUGGGUAAGGUGCUGGUGCUGGGGGCUCUGCUGCACCUGGCGGAGCCCACCCUGACGGUGGCGGCGGCGCUGAGCGUCCCCUCCCCCUUCCUGCGCCCCUCCCCCUCGGGGCACACCUGGGCCGAGCCCCGGCGGCACCUGCAGAGCCCCCACGGGGACCCCCUGACGCUGCUCAACCUCUUCAACCAGUGGCUGCAGGUGAAGGCCGAGCGCGGCAGGAGCUCCCGCCGGUGGUGCCGCCGUCGGGGCGUGGCCGAGCACCGGCUCUACGAGAUCGCCGACCUGCGGCGCCAGUUCCAGGAGCUGCUGCAGGAGCAGGAGCUGCUCUCGGAAGGUUCCGGAAGGGCCGAGCGGCGCCGGGGGGGGCGUCGGGAGCGGCACCUGCUGAGCCACGCCCAGCGCGCAGGUGAGCGGCGCCCGCAGGUGCUGCGGCUGAACCAGGGCGAGGAGGAGGAGGAGGAGGAGGAGGAGGAGACCCAGGAGAGGGGCAGAGUCGACAUCCAGGCCGUUCGGUUCGAGCUGCGCCACGACCCUCGGGAGCUGCGUCUCACCUGUGGGGCUCACCUGGCCCCGCCCCAGGUGGCCCUGCUGGGGCUGGUGCUGGCCCGGGGGUUGUACCCGCAGGUGGCCCUGCCCGACCCCCUCAACGGCGCCCGCCGCGACUCCGAGCAGGUG